AUGUUGUGGUGGUUGAAGUUGAAGAAGUUUUUCAGAGGAAGAAUUGAAGAUUUGAGAUUCGGAACGAAGAUUCGUGAGAACUUAUGUACGUUUUGUUUAUUGAGAAAGGAUUUUAUAUCAAAGUUUGACCCAGUUCCUACACUGAACUACUACUGCUAUUUGUAUUGUUUUGGAUUGGGAAAAUUAUAUGACUGGGGUCAGUUACAAGUACCAGAAAAGAAAUAUCAGAUCGAGACUUGGCAAAAUAAUAGAAAUAUACAUCAUUCAAUAAUUGACAAAGAAAAGACUGUAUGCGCUCCCGGGUGGGCUCGAACCACCAACCUCCUGAUUAACAGUCAGACGCGCUGCCAAUUGCGCCACGGAAGCGUAGUUAUGGUGGCACGUAAUGUAGUUAUUUACUUAGCCUUAGUCUAA